AGUAUAAUAUAGCGCUAUAUAGAGUGCCACUGUUAAAAAAAUGCUAUUUAAAAAUUUUCUAUAAGUGGAAUGUAAAUAAAAUUAUUUCCAUUUUCACUAUUUGUGUACGUAUGUAAUCAAAGUACAAUACAAUUUUUAUACUUUCUUCGCAGAUUUGCCACUUUUUGAAUAAAAUCCUUUUUAGUUAUUAAGGUUAUCAAUCAGCGCAAAAAUAUGUCUGAAGAUAGCGUGUUAAGUGCCAAGAACCGAAUACUCGAUUUACUAAUAUAUUUAGAUGAUUUCGAAUUGGAUACUGUUGAAACGUGGAUUUGUAGUAAUUCUUUUAAGAAGGACUUAGAAAUAAAGAAACAGAUGAAGAAGUCUGAAAAGUGCUUAAUAGAUAUAGGAGAAACAAUAAAGAAAAUCAUUCCCUUUGAGGCAGAGAUGCCUUCUGAAAAUAUAGUUCCCCCCACUGUUGGUGACCAGGCAGAUUGUAAUGCCAUUAACACAGUUCACGUUGAUGAGUUUUUAUAUGAUCAAGAUGAAGUUAAUGAACUUGUUAAAAAAGGGAAACUACAAAAAUACUAUUGCUUAAACUGUAACUCACGUAAUAUUAAAGAUUUAACAUUAAUAUCUCAUUCUAUGUCAAGAUAUGUAUUGCAAUAUAUUUUUCAAGUACUUCUACCUAAAGAUUUGGAGGAUAAACAACUACUUGAUGUUGGCUCGAGACUAGGAGCAGUCCUUUAUGGUGCGUACUACUUUUCAAAUGCUGGCACUAUUAUUGGAAUAGAAAUGAACAAAGAAUGUUGUGAUGUUCAAGAAAGGAUUAUUAGCCAAUAUUCAUUAGAUACUGAUAGGAUAAAAGUGAUUAACUCCGAUGUAAUGGACCGGAGUGACAUUGUUCGAAACACUAAUGUCAUCAUAAUAAAUGUUCUCGACUUUUUUGUUGAUAUAGAGAAACAUAAACAAAUAUGGUAUUACUUUAAAAAAUAUAUAAAAAAGGGAAGCUACUUGGUUUGUAACAGAAGUAUGGCUGAAACUUUAGGAUAUUUGGACAUGUUUGAAGAGUUUAUGGAUUGGCUGAGCAUCUGCAAACCGAGCCAAUUAGAAAACGAAGUAUUUUUUGAUUUAGAAGAAUGUAAUGAACUAUUUUUGUAUACGGUUAAUUAAAUAUUUUAUUUGGCCAUAGUCUUUUAUUUUAUCAAUAUUGUGAAUUCGGACGUAGAUGGUAAAUGAAAAUUAAGUUUUUUUUUGGUAGUGUUUAAUAUACUAUUAUGGAUAAUACACACUUUUAUGCU